AUGGCGGCCAAAAAUGAUAUUGCCACUAUAGUCACCUAUGAAACGGGUAAGCCCCUAGUAGAAGCUCUGGGCGAAGUCAAUUAUGCGCUGGGGUUUGUAUGGUGGUUUUCCGGAGAGGCAGAGCGUGCCCAAGGGACUGUAGGAUAUUCAGCCAUUCCUAAUCGUCGCACCAUCACCAAUAAGCAGCCGGUUGGUGUCUCGGUGGCAUUGGUACCUUGGAAUUUACCUGUUGCAAUGAUUUUGCGUAAGGCAUCUGCGGCUCUGGCUGCUGGAUGUACUAUGAUUAUCAAGCCAUCACCCGAAACACCUCUUAGUGUGCUCGCGCUCGUUGAAUUAGCAGUGCGUGCUGGAUUUGAUAAGGGUGUUUUGACCGUCAUGACUACGGAUCUUCAAUGCACACCUUCCUUGAGCGAAGGCCUUUGCAAACACCCACUGGUUCGCAAGGUUACGUUCACUGGCAGCACUCGGAUCGGAAAACUUAUCUCACAUCACUGCAGUGAUGGUCUGAAAAAGUUGACUCUAGAGCUUGGAGGGAACUGUCCAUUCGUUGUCUUUGAUGAUGCCGACGUUGGAAAAGCAGUCGAUGCACUAAUGCAACUUAAAUGGCAUCAUACUGGCCAGGCUUGCAUUACUGCGAACCGUGUUUACGUCCAAAAGGGGAUUUAUGACGAAUUCCAGCGCCUAUUUGUGGAAAGGACUAAGCAGCUGAAGAUCGGACACGGAGCAGUCGACGGUACCACUCUUGGUCCCCUUACUACACCGGGAGGUGUGGACAAGGUUGAAGCUCAUGUACAAGACGCUAUCUCCCAUGGUGGGCGAAUUGCACUGGGAGGUACCAGACCAAGUCAUGGCAGUGGCUUCUUUUACCCUGCUACAGUCAUUUCCGAAGCAAACGACAAAAUGCUUGUUGCCGCAGAGGAGACCUUUGGUCCUUUGUGCGCAUUGUUCCGCUUUGGCACUGAAGACGAAGCUGUGGGAUACGCUAAUAAUACAAGCCUGGGCCUUGCAUCAUAUGUUUUUACAAGAGAUGUCAGCCGUAUCUGGAGGCUUUUGGAAAGGCUAGAAGCCGGCAUGGUUGGAUUGAACACAGGAAAUCAAUCUGCCGCGGAAUUGCCAUUCGGUGGAAUUAAAGAGUCGGGAUACGGAAAGGAGUCAGGGAAGGAUAUUGCAAUUAAUGAAUAUCUCAUCACUAAGUCUGCCACACUCACAGUCGAUGAGGUUGCGUCAGUGAAAUUAUAG